AUGCUCGAUUUGAGCGUUUGUGCAUUUGUUGACGGCCUUGAUGAAUACACCGGAAGAGCUAAAGCUUUGAUGGACACCCUUCUCGGAGUACAAGCUUGUACUGGAAUCAAGCUGUGCUUGGCAAGUCGACCCGAGAAUAUGAUUUCACGAGUACUCUCGUCUUAUCCAGGAUUAAAGGUGCAGGACCACAACUCUGCUACCAUACAAGCAUGCAUUCAGUCAGCAAGUGUUUUGGUGUUGAGCAAAGAGGAGAUAUCGACAUUACGGCCUUUGUGGCGCAGCAUAGAACAAGCUGCAAAUGGCAUUGUGCUGUGGGCGAGAUUUGCGGCUGAUCUAUUAGUCGAACAAUGUAUCGAGGGUGCGACCACGUCAGAGCUGGCGACUGUCCUUGAUGCUGUUCCAACGCAGCUAGAAGACGUGUAUCAGCGCAUAUUCGAGCGCCUGGACGAGAAACAGAAGCUCCAUGCAGCUAUUGCCGCGCAGCUACUCAUCAUACACGGCUCGGUGAAAAUAGAGUCUUUCUUUGUCUAUUGGUGUAUGAUUACAGAAGAUCUUGAUGAACAUUUCAAUUGCGACGAUUCUUUUGACACGAAGCGUUUCAUUGCACGGAUGUAUCGUCUCUUCGGAGGACUUCUAGAAUUCACCCACAGCCCCUUGCGAUGCCUUGUGCAUGCCGCUGGAGAUGCGUACGACCCUGUCCGUGGAGGGUUUCCUGGUCAAUGCGGACGAUCUUGUAGCGUGCGGCUUGUGCACAAGACCUUGUUCACUUACCUGACGCAGUCAAGAAUCUUAUCUUCGAAGCAAGUGACCAUCAACGCCCAGCUGCUCUCUUUGACACCAACUUCACUGAGGCUCAUGAUGGUCCAAACGGGGGAUAUAAAGCUUCAACUCAAUAUCAUGGCGGUGAAAAUGUUUGAGGAACAGAUCAUCACGCACAAGCUGCGCGACUGGCGUGAUAUGACCGCAGCAUUUAUUGAAACCCAUUUCAGACGCAAAUCUCUGGAGAUGCACUGGAAACAAUUAUCAAUGUUUGAUGUGCCUGCCGAUAUAGGGAACGAUGCUCGACUUCUACGCGUCCUGAUGACUCACGGUGCGAAGCAAAUUGUCGAGUACGGCUUGACGAAAUCUAGAUUUGCCUUACACUACGCCGUUGUUGAAUGGCUUCUACAAUUUGCCCUUUAUCGGUGGCAUGAAGUGGAUCGUGAACACUACUUCGACUUGUUCUUGGAAGGCCAGCGUUUGCGAGCUCACCAUGUAGUGCUCUACUUCAUGAUUGAUUGUCGUGAGCCCAAGUUCAUCAACAAAAUUCGAGAGACUUGUCCUAGCACCGCUUUGGAAACAAUCGAACGUUGUCUGUGGUACGACUACGCAGAUACGAAUCUGCUGUUUGCCUGGAUCUUGUAUUCUGGACAAGAUCGGUCGGAUCCGCCUUCCUUUCAAUUCCGCUUAGAGACAAUACAGACCUAUGAGAUUAAGAAACGCCACUUGAGUCUCUUACAAGAUCUUGGAUUUCUAGUCACAGCGCAUGCCUAUUCUGGUGGCACAGCCAUGCACGCAAUCUUCGAUCGAUCUCUUCGCCUGGACCCAGCUCUCAAUUGGCACUUUCUCAACUGGCACGACAUACUCUGGCCCUUUGAUGAGACCAAAUUUCAGCUCCUCCUGGACGCUGGCUACGACCUGAUUGAUCCUGACAACUACGAGCUGGUGCGCCGUCUUAUCAUCGACUUUCUUGCUUCGUUGCGUGGAGAAAUGAGAUCAGAUCCCAUUCAAAGAUCCCGAGGGCAACAACUAUCAUAUUUCGAUCGUUUUGUUCGCAAAGUUUGGAAACUGUCUGUCCCCGAAGCUCUACCUCUUGACCUUCCGCCUCUGCUCUUUCCAUUGACGCCAGAUGGAACAUGCGGGGCGAACUUUUCGAUCGAUGAACACUGCAAGGGUAUGAGGUUUUUCAAAGAGUGUGAAGCAGCAUUCAUGGAGGCAGGGGACUCUGACACAGAACAAGAUGCUGCCGUGGAUGCAUUAGUGACGAACUCAUCCUCGUCGCAACAAGGUUCGACGCAAUUCUAA